AUGGACACCCAAACCGGCCCAACUGUUGCUAGCACAGCAGUAGCAACAAAAUGCGCUCUAUGGGUAGUCACUGCGGCAGCAACGACAACAUUUAUAUUGAGAAUAUGGUCUCGAUUGCUGUUGACACGUGACUUGGGAUAUGAAGAUCUUGUAAUGGCCAUCGGAUGGGCCGUUAGUAUCGCUGCCGGAAUUGUAUUGAAUUUGUCGAUCAACGCUAGUAUAUUAGCAACCAAGAAUGCUGAAAAUAUGGUUGUUGAUCUACCUUUCGCCCUAAAGCUGGCGCUCAUUUCCGUCUCUCUGGGAAUCAACGCCCUCUUUUUGCCCAAGAUCUCUGUGGCACUUCUACUUACGCGACUUCUCAGACCCUCUCGCUGGGCUAAAUUUACCCUCAUCUCUACAUCAAUUCUUGCAUUCAUAUUGGGUGUGGUUGGUGUGAUACUCACUUUUGUCCAAUGUAAUCCCAUACCAGGUCAAUGGAAUCCUGAACGUUAUCAUCCAACAUGCUGGGAUCCAAGCAUUCAAGAGAACUAUUCAUAUUUUGUUGGCGCUUUCUCGGCACUCCUCGAUCUUGCCUAUGCGAUUUACCCAGCCAGUGUGUUCUGGAAACUGAAACUGGUUAAUUCUCGCAAGAUUGAACUUUCAAUCCUGAUGGGGCUGGGUACAAUUUCUGGAGCCGUUGCUAUCUACAAAACAAGCCUACUUCGCCUUCUCGCCAACCGUGAAGCGGGAAUAGAUACCGCGUUGUACGAAUCUAGUCGCCUAACGCUAUGGACCAUUAUUGAAGCCAAUAUUAUCAUUAUCGCGGCCUGCGUUCCACUAACGACACCGAUAUUCCGCUGGUUCAGAAACAAGACAGUCGUCACAUUCACCGGAGCGAGAUCAACCGCUGUUGCCACCAAUGGAGGCAGUUCCAAAAACAGCAAGUAUGCAACUCAUGAGAGCGAACACAAUUUUUCCAGGAUAACAAAGGACAAAUAUCCUGCGUACAACCCGGAUGGAAGUCAAAUUUACAUUCGAGACGAUUUUGAGGUUCAAAGCUAUCGAGAUCUCGAGCUUGACGGUAUAUCGCCGACACAUACAGGUCCUUCUGGGCCGUAA